AUCCACCUCCUUAAAUCCUCAAUCAUUCAACCUCUUUCUCUCACUAAAUUUUCUUUCUCUCUCUACAAUUCUAAAUUCCCCACUACAAUUAUUUUUUCGUAUAAAGUUGAGUGCACAUUUGUGGUGGAGAAACAAAAAAACAAUCUCUUUCUUUCUUCUUACAAAGUUUCUGUUUCUUCAAAGCUAUCUUUUCUUUAAAAAAAAAAGAAAUACAAACUUUGUGGUAUUAUUGUAAAGAGAUUGAAGAAAGCUAUAAAGGGUUUUUCUUAGAGGCAAGAGUUUUGUUUUUUUGAAAUGGUUUUCAUGUCUGAGAUUUUGAGCAUAAAAGAAGAAAAAAUUGAAGAAGAAGGUGAGUGGGAGAAAGAGCGAUAAGAAAAAGAAGUUUAUAUAACCCAAUAAGCAGAAGUAGUGAAAGAUUAUUAAUCCAAUUUGAUUUUGCUUUGAUCUGCUUCUGCUGGGUGGUUGAAAAUGUCUGCAACAAUGAUAAGUGAUGCAAUGAUGAUAACAGCACCAGAAACUCAAUCAACAACUAGUAGCAAUCUAGUUGCACAGAAUGAAGUUGAAUUUGCAGUAUGUGAAUGUUGUGGACUAACAGAAGAGUGCACACCAGCAUACAUAGAAAGAAUCAGAGAAAGGUAUCAAGGAAAAUGGGUUUGUGGAUUAUGUGGUGAAGCUGUUAAAGAUGAAAUUGUAAGGUCAGAGAGACUUGUUAGCACAGAAGAAGCAAUGGCAAAACAUAUGAACUUUUGCAAAAAGUUCAACACUUCAGGUCCUCCUCCAAAUCCAGCUGUUCAUUUGAUUUCAGCUAUGAGACAGAUUCUUAGGAGGAGUUUGGUUAGGUCCACACCAAAUAGUCCAGUUAAUAAGAGUAGUAGAGAAAUUCAUGGCUCUGGACUUGCUAGGUCUGAAAGCUGCUUCUCUACUCUAUCCGGUUCGUAGCAAACACAGACACCGGAACACGGACACUGACACAGACAUGUUGACACUGAUAAAUAAUUGAGAAAAUUGAAUGGUAAACGUAAACUGCAUGUGUGGAUGUGUCAGGGUCAUGUCAGGGUCGAGGACCGGAGAUGCCUUCAUCAGAAAUAGAAGAAUAUGCCACAAAGGGAAUAUACUGUAUUUGGUUGGUUGAAAAUGCAAAAGUUGAAAAGAAAUAAAAACAGAAAUCUUUAGCUUCAAGUUAGGGUCUCCAUUGUAGUUAUGCAUUACAUAACUUUCAAGCUGUUGUUAGAAGUUUGAUUUGAACACAAUUUGCUCAAAUUUUUUGCUUCUCUAUUAUUACUUGUUAGUACUUUUUUUUAUUCAAUUGUUUAAAAAAUGAUUGAUAAUUGAAGACAAUAGUAAUUUUCACA